AUCAAAUAUACAACAUGGGAAGCCUUUGUGAUUGGCCCGAACCAGUGAUUUGCGUGCAAUCGUUAUCCGAAAGUGGGGAUCUCGUGAUUCCCGACCAAUACGUCAAGCCACCACUCGAGAGGCCGAUUUUAUGCUUUAAUAACGUGAACAUACCUGUGAUCGAUUUGGCUGGUUUGGUAACUUCACGUGAAGCGAUCAUGAAACAAAUUUCGAAGGCUUGUCGUGAAUGGGGGUUUUUCCAGUUGGUGAAUCAUGGGGUGAGGACAGUGUUAGUUGACAGGGUGCCCGAAAUUUGGCGGGAAUUUUUCCACGAACCGAUGGAAGUGAAGCAAAAGUAUGCAAACUCGCCUAAGACAUACGAAGGGUUUGGAAGUAGAUUAGGGGUUGAGAAAGGGGCAAUUCUUGACUGGAACGAUUACUACUAUCUCAACUAUCUUCCUCAUUGUCAUACAAAAUGGCCUUCCCAACCACCUUCCUUAAGGGAAGUCAUGGAGGAAUACUCGAGUGAAAUACUAAGAUUGGGUGCGGUUUUGUUGAAGAUAUUUUCGAUAAACCUUGGAUUAGAAGAAGAUUAUCUUCAAAAUGCAUUUGGUGGACGGGACAUCGAAGCGUGCUUGAGAGCAAAUUUCUAUCCAAAGUGCCCGCAACCCGACUUAACUCUGGGAUUAUCUUCUCACUCGGAUCCUGGUGGCAUGACAUUUUUACUUCCCGAUAAGCAAGUUUGCGGACUCCAAAUCCGAAAAAACGAUCAAUGGAUCACUGUCAAACCUACACGUCAUGCCAUUAUUAUUAACAUCGGAGAUCAACUUCAAGUUUUGAGCAAUGCAAUAUAUAAGAGCGUGGAGCACAGAGUGGUAGUGAACCCAGAUAAAGAGAGAGUGUCUUUAGCUUAUUUCUAUAAUCCGAAAAACGAUUUGCUGAUUCAACCAAUACCAGAGCUUGUCACGUCAAAAACACCUGCUCUCUAUCCAUCGAUGACAUUUGAUGAAUAUCGACGAUUCAUACGUACAAGAGGUCCACACGGAAAAGUUCAAGUGGACUCUUUAAAACCCCCAAGAUAAGAUGUAAUCAUCACUAUUUUCAUUUUGUAACCAGGUAUCUACGAUUUGUAACAUAAAAAGUUGAUAUGUUGUUGUAGUCUAAA